AUGCAGGGACCUUGGCUGCUGCUGGCUCUGGCUUUGAUCUUCACCCUAACUGGUAUCCCUGAAUCCUGCGCCUUGCCGGAGGCAGCCCAGGAGGAAGGUGCAGUGGCUCAUGACCUUCCUGACCUGGAGAAAGUCCAGGUCCGGCCAGAACGUCGAUUCUUGCGGAAAGACCUCCAGCGGGUGCGAGGGGACCUCGGUGCUGCCUUAGACUCCUGGAUCACAAAACGCCAGCAUCCAGGCAAAAGGGAGGAGGAGGAGGAAGAUGUUGAAGCUGAAGAGAGGGGGGACUUGGGAGACGUGGAAGCCUGGAGACCCCACAAACGACAGCACCCCGGCCGACGUGCCAACCAGGAUAAGUAUUCAUGGGCAGAUGAGGAGGACAGUGACUGGCUGCCGCCGUCCUGGUUACCAGAUUUCUUUCUGGAUUCCUGGUUCUCGGAUGUCCCCCAAGUCAAGCGGCAGCACCCUGGCAGGCGAUCCUUCCCCUGGAUGGAGUCUGAUGUCACCAAGAGGCAGCAUCCAGGCAGGAGGUUCAUAGAUCCUGAGCUCCAAAGAAGCUGGGAAGAAAAAGAGGGAGGGGGUGUCUUCAUGCCUGAGAAACGCCAGCAUCCUGGCAAAAGGGCAUUGGGUCACCCUUGUGGGCCCCAGGGGAUUUGUGGUCAAACAGGCCUGCUCCAGUUUCUAGGUGACCUGAGCAGGGGCCAGGAGACCCUGACGAAGCAAAGCCCACAACUGGAAGCCUGGGACAGGGAACCUCUGGAAGAGUAA